AGCAUUAUGGAUCCAAGCCUGUUGAGAGACCGAGAGCUCUUCAAAAAACGAGCUCUUUCUAACCCUGUGGUAGAAAAACGUUCUGUGCCUUCUGAGUUGCCCUCCGCCUCAUCCAAGAAGAAGAAAGCAAAAGUCGAACAUGGAGGGACAUCAGGCUCUAAACAAAGUGCAGAUCAUAACAAUGGAUCAUUUAACUUGAAAGCACUAUCUGGAAGCUCUGGAUAUAAGUUUGGUGUUCUUGCUAAGAUUGUGAAUUACAUGAAAACACGGCAUCAGCGAGGAGAUACACAUCCUUUAACUUUAGAAGAGAUUUUGGAUGAGACACAACACUUAGAUAUUGGACUAAAGCAGAAACAAUGGCUAAUGACUGAGGCUUUAGUCAACAAUCCCAAAAUUGAAGUAAUAGAUGGGAAAUAUGCUUUCAAGCCAAAGUACAACCUGAAAGAUAAGAAGGCUCUCCUCAGGCUUCUGGAUAACCAUGACCAGCGGGGGUUAGGAGGGAUCCUGUUAGAAGACAUAGAAGAAGGGCUGCCUAAUUCCCAGAAAGCUGUAAAGGCUUUAGGGGACCAGAUACUGUUCGUAAAUCGUCCUGAUAAGAAGAAAAUACUUUUCUUCAAUGAUAAAAGCUGUCAGUUUUCUGUGGAUGAAGAGUUCCAGAAACUGUGGAGGAGUGUCACUGUGGAUUCAAUGGAUGAGGAAAAAAUUGAAGAGUAUCUGAAACGACAGGGUAUUUCUUCCAUGCAGGAAUCUGGACCAAAGAAAGUGGCCUCUAUUCAGAGAAGGAAAAAGCCUGCUUCACAGAAGAAGCGACGGUUUAAGACACAUAAUGAACAUUUGGCUGGAGUGCUGAAGGAUUAUUCGGACAUUACCCCUGGCAAAUAGGGAACAUUUUUAUCCUCGAGCAAGGUUACAGAUACAGUCAAGAUCUUUCGUGAUGCUUGGGAUCUGAAGACUUUCUGCCUUCCCAUCUGCUCCUCGGGACUGAGAGGAGCAUCAGUUUACAGAACAGGAGCAGAUUACCAAACCCAGCUAUUGUCACCCAGCAGGCUAGUGGGAACGGUUCCUAUUAACUACUGGGUUGGUUGGUUUUAUUUUUCUAGAAAGACACUUAGCAUGGCAUGCAGGUGUCUUUGCUAUUUAUCUUGAUUUUUAGAUGGUUCUUGAUUCCAUGCUUUCUCUAUUGCUUUAGAACAGGUUGGCAGGUAGUGCUGAAUGCAAUAUUUCUUUAUUCCAAGAGAAAAUAUUUAUAAUAAAAGUUUGUUUGUAGGAGGAUCUUUAAGAAGUUAGGAAAUUCAGUUUGCCUCUCUUAAUUUGUGAAAAUAGCAGGGAACAGCCAGUCACUGAUUGCUAGGGUGGGCAUUUGGGCAUGAAUGUCUCAGAGUGGAGUCAGUACUGCUGGCAAGUGUGUGGAUUUCCUCUUUGGAACACAGGGUAUGACUCUGGUGAAUAAGCUAAGCAAUAAAAUUACACUAAACAUAA